AUGCUUCAAGAUUUUCUCAGGGAAAUCCCUGGCCGGUAUCGCGGACCAGGUGGUGCCAUUGCAGUCCUGCGAAAUGGCGAAGUGGUAGGAAAGCAAGUCUGGGGCUACUCUAACCUCGACGAACACAGGCUCAUGGACGAGACAACAUCGAUGCCAAUAUGCUCUAUCACAAAGCAAAUGCUAUGCUUGAUUAUAGAGGAUGUCCGCCGUAACCCAACCCCGAAGAUGUUAUCGACUGAUCGGACUUUUGAUGAGCAGAUGGAUGCGGGCCUGAGAGAGAUUGUUUCUAAAGAAAUCAUCGAGAAUACCGGGCUGACACUCGAGCAUCUCUGCAACAAUCAAUCUGGCAUUCGAGACUACUGGGCCAUGUCUAUGUUCUGGGGGACACAGCCUGAGGGGAGAUUCACACUCGAACACGACGCGAAAAAAGCACUGAGCCUGACAACGUCUCUGCAGUUCGAGCCCGGGACACAGUACUCAUAUUCUAACCUGAACUUUCACAUUCUUGCCCGGGUGCUGGAAAAUGUUACCGGGCUGCCAUUGGCAACGCAUCUAUCUGAGAGGCUUUUCGCGCCGGCUCGUAUGCAAAGUGCAAGGCUUUGCGAGGACAAUGCAAGAGUGCCCGAGUGGUGUGUCGGCUACGAAGGGAAUGAGGUCUUUGGUUUCCUGCCGGCGAAGAAUCUUGUCGAGUGGUCUGGAGACGCGGGUGUUCUGGCCUCUUUGAAUGAUAUGAUCGCCUACGAACAGUAUCUCGAUCGAUCCUGGGAAGACGAGCAAAGUCUCUAUCGAGCAAUUGCAAGAGUGCCCUACUUCAAAGACGGCACGAGCGCAAUGUACGGCAAUGGUCUCGCUCGUACGAAGCUCGGUGAUAUCGACAUCAUCGGUCACGGUGGCUCGCUUCGUGGAUACUGUCUUCACAGACUUCAAGUCCCCUCUGAACGGCUGGCGAUUGUGGUCAUGCUCAAUCAUGAGAUUGAUGCAGAGACUAUAGCGAUGGAUAUUGUCAGCAGCCUUCUCACCACCUCUCAGACUACUCCUAAUCUGGCACAUAGACCCCAGACUGACUGGAAUUGUCUGGGGACCUUCUUCGAUCCAGACGCUCAACUCAGUUUCACCGUUCGGGGUGAUGAACCCGGCACAGUCAUUGUCCAAUACGCUGAUCAUGAGGAAAAAGUGUUCCUGUCAACUGCGGCAUCCGGAUCUACAGCCACCCUUUUCUUGGAGCUUGAGGGCGAUACGAUUGAAAUGCACCGUAUAGACGAUAAUCGAAGGAUCCAUGCCAGACGGAUCCGCGCACCUCAAGGUAUAAUCAGAGGGGACUACACUGGACGAUACGAAUGCAAAGAGCAGAAAUCGGUAUUCUUCUGCGAUGGAACAGGCGAGAUGUUGUAUGGCGCAUUUGAAGGGUUCCUCGGCAAAGGCCCCUUGCAUUUGAUGCGAUACCUUGGAGAAGAUAUUUGGGUUCUGGUGUGUCCACGGGGUCUGGAUGCCCCUGCGCCAGGAAAUUGGACCCUAGUCUUUCAUCGCGACGAUGCGGGAAACAUCACCGGUGUCACUAUGGGAUGCUGGCUGGCACGAAAUGUACAUUUCACAAAGUGCUAG